AUGGGAGGUGAUGUGUUGACAGACAGAUAUGGGAAGGAACGUGUUGACCAGCAGAUGUGGGAGGGUACUGUUCACAGACUUUUUGAAACUCAUCCGGAAGUUCAGAACGUGUUCGUGCCAUUCAAAGGUCAGUCCAAGGAAAGCCUUAGGGACAGCGCGCAGCUCAAGUCUCACGCGCUCAGGGUGAUGGGCACGGUAGAGAAGUGCGUCACUCGCUUCCAGGAGCCGGAGAAGAUCUCUCAGAUGCUCCACGAGUUGGGAGCUCGGCAUGUCAUGUAUAAUGCCAAGGUUGAUUACAUUGAUCUGAUUGGGCCGCAAUUUAUCUGGGCCAUCGAGCCGGUCAUUGGGGAGCAUUGGACAGCGGAAGUUGAACAAGCGUGGUCAGAUCUGUUCAAGUAUAUCAGCUACAUCAUGAAGGACGCCAUGGCGUUUUGA